CCUGCUCCCCCAUUGGCUUACGUGCAGCUGUUCACGUGAACCCCGUGUGGGAGACAAACAUGUGUGAGAAGAUUAGAAAGCGAGGAGCUCGCGAGCACGCAGCGCGGAUCAAAGACCAGACCGCCAUGACGCCGACACGGUGAAGAGCCCCCCCGGCCCCCCAACAUGACUCCACCUCUGUACCUGUCCAAGGAGCAGUUUGUCUACAGGAUGUCUCCUAAAACACGCAAACCGGCUUUCAGCUCCUGCCUGAGGCUGCGGCGUUCCCCCCACGAGGAGCCAACGGCGCCCGAGGAGGCCCGAGCCCCCGGGAGAGACUCUGGCCGGGCCGCCAAGCGGGUGACGUUCGCUGACCAUCGAGGUCUGUCCCUGACCAGGGUGAAGGUCUUCUCUCAGUUCGACGACCCCAUCGACAUCCCUCUGAACAUCCAGGAGAUGCUGAGCUCCGCACUUACCCUCACCGCCGAGGAAGACCAGCUGGUGCUGGACUUCGCUCAGCCCUCCUCGGACUACCUGCGCUUCCGCCAGAGCCUGGAGGAGAACUUUGUCUGCCUGGAGCACUGCGUGCUGAAGGAGAAAGCUCUGGCGGGAACCGUCAAGGUCAAAAACGUGUCCUUCGAGAAGUCUGUGAAGCUGCGGCUGACGUCGGACGGCUGGAGGAGCCACCGGGACGUGGUCUGCGAGUACGUGAAGGACUCGUACCCCACGGCCUUCAGCGACACCUUCUCCUUCAGCGCCUCGCUGCCGGAGCGGCUGCGGCCUCACGAGCACGUGGAGUUUGCCGUCUGCUACCAGGUGGGGGGGCGAGAGUACUGGGACAGCAACCAGGGGGGCGGCAGCCAGGGGGGCAACUACCGGAUUGUGUGGUCCUCGGCCAGGCGCAGCCGGCCGGGGGGCCCCAGGCGGCAUGCGGACUCCUUCGACUUUGGGAUCCACUCUGACAGAUACGGCAGCCCCACCUGCUCACACGGGAUCUUCCCCGACUGGCCGAGCUACGCGGGCCACGAGAACACGGGGCCGUACUACUGAGCAGGAAGUGGGCGUACUACUGAGCAGGAAGUGGGCGUACUACUGAGCAGGAAGUGGGCGUACUACUGAGCAGGAAGUGGCCCCAGAAGGUCCGACUGGGAACUGGGGCUCUGCCACUGACAUUUUGAAUGCAGAACGUGGACGAGCCGUAGCUUCAUGCUCCAUGUGGAGCGUCUCCUGGGGAGUAACCAGGGUCCACCUGAGGGUCCACCUGAGGGUCCACCUGAGGGUCCACCUGAGGGUCCACCUGAGGGGGGAACUUGGUAAUUGCCUGAGCUUCUUUUCUUAACCAAGUGUCAGAACUUUAGAAUCGUUUUCUUGUUGUCUGUUCAUCGUGAGCAUUAAUGUGAAUAAAUUGAUCACAGCGCGGUUCCACCCUCAGACCGUCUGUUAGUUACUAUUCUAAUAAAGUGAGCUGUUUUUAAAGGAUUGUUUAGCUGCUAUUGAUCUGAAUUCUUAUGAAGCUCUUCCAUGUUUCACUGCGGAGCCUCAACUUGCACCUUUUUAUCGCCUUGUUUGAGCCACAGAGACGCUGCUGAGUCCUUGAAUAUGUUUCUAUGCACAUCGCUGGAGAAAUGAGUCAAUAAAGUCAAACUUUUUAAA